AUGGGAACUAACUCAGUUUCCAAGUUUUUCCUCUUCUUGUUGGUCUUGAUUGUGGGUUCUAAGCUGAUCCACUGCACUGUGACCUACGAUAAGAAGGCUAUUAUUAUCAAUGGCCAAAGGAGAAUCCUUAUCUCGGGCUCCAUUCACUAUCCAAGAAGCACCCCUGAUAUGUGGGAAGAUCUUAUACAGAAGGCAAAAGAUGGAGGUUUGGAUGUUAUUGACACUUAUGUUUUUUGGAAUGUUCAUGAGCCUUCUCCUGGCAAUUAUAAUUUUGAAGAUAGAUUUGAUCUGGUACGGUUCAUUAAGACAGUGCAGAAAGUGGGGCUGUAUGUUCAUCUCCGCAUUGGACCUUAUAUCUGUGCAGAAUGGAAUUUUGGGGGAUUUCCUGUUUGGUUGAAGUAUGUUCCUGGUAUCAGCUUCAGAACAGACAACGGGCCUUUCAAGGCUGCAAUGCAUGGGUUCACCCAGAAGAUUGUGCAGAUGAUGAAAAAUGAAAGGCUAUUUCAAUCGCAAGGGGGCCCUAUUAUCUUCUCUCAAAUUGAGAAUGAGUAUGGACCAGAGAGGAAGGCUUUUGGGGCUGCUGGUCAAUCAUACAUUAAUUGGGCUGCAAAAAUGGCUGUUGGAUUGGAUACUGGAGUUCCUUGGGUGAUGUGCAAGGAAGAUGAUGCCCCAGACCCUAUGAUAAAUGCAUGUAAUGGUUUUUAUUGUGAUGCUUUCUCUCCCAACAAACCUUACAAGCCAACGAUGUGGACUGAGGCUUGGAGUGGCUGGUUUACAGAGUUUGGUGGCACAAUUCACCACAGACCAGUUCAAGAUUUGGCAUUUGCAGUUGCUCGUUUCAUCCAAAAGGGUGGCUCAUUUGUUAAUUACUACAUGUACCAUGGAGGAACAAAUUUUGGACGCUCUGCUGGAGGUCCGUUCGUUACAACCAGUUAUGACUAUGAUGCACCAAUAGAUGAAUAUGGUUUGAUCAGGGAACCUAAAUAUGGUCAUCUGAAAGAGCUUCACAGAGCUAUUAAGCUAUGCGAGCAUGGAUUAGUCUCUUCAGAUCCCACAAUUACUUCGUUAGGAACCUAUCAGCAGGCUCAUGUAUUCUCUUCAGGGAAGGGGAGCUGUUCUGCUUUUCUUGCCAACUACAAUAUGAAGUCUGCUGCUAGAGUGAUGUUCAAUAACAUGCACUAUGUUUUGCCUCCUUGGUCCAUUAGCAUCCUUCCUGAUUGCAGGAAUGUAGUGUUUAACACAGCAAAGGUUGGAGUUCAAACUUCACAUGUCAAAAUGCUGCCAACUGGUUCUAGGUUGUUUUCUUGGGAGACUUAUGGUGAAGAUAUUUCUUCGCUAGAGGCCAGUUCAAGGAUGACAGCUCUUGGACUCUUGGAGCAGAUAAAUGUAACUAGGGAUACCACUGACUAUCUGUGGUACAUCACAAGCGUCGAUAUUAGUCAAUCAGAAUCAUUUCUUCGAGGUGGACAGGGUCCUAGUCUAACUGUCCAGUCAGCUGGGCAUGCUCUUCAUGUCUUCAUCAAUGGGAAGUUUUCAGGAUCAGCCUUUGGUACCAGAGAGAACAGGCAAUUCACCUUUACAGGACCAGUCAAUCUACUUGCUGGAACAAAUAGAAUUGCACUACUCAGCAUAGCUGUUGGAUUACCGAAUGUUGGGGUGCAUUACGAGAAAUGGAAUACGGGAAUACUUGGUCCAGUUAUGCUGCAUGGCCUUAACCAGGGAAAUAAAGACUUGACUUGGCAGAAAUGGUCUUACCAGGUUGGCUUAAAAGGAGAGGCAAUGAAUUUGGUCUCUCCAAAUGGAGCCUCAUCUGUUGAUUGGAUUCAGGGGUCUCUAGCUACCGGGCAGCAACCUUUAAAGUGGUAUAAGGCUUAUUUUGAUGCACCUGGAGGAAAUGAGCCCUUGGCUUUGGACAUGCGCAGAAUGGGAAAGGGUCAGGUGUGGAUCAAUGGGCAGAGCAUAGGAAGAUAUUGGAUGGCUUAUGCAAAGGGUGACUGCAGUAGUUGUAGUUACUCUGGAACGUUCAGGCCUCCAAAGUGCCAACUUGGUUGUGGCCGACCAACCCAGCGAUGGUAUCACGUUCCAAGGUCCUGGUUAAAGCCAAAGAAAAAUUUACUGGUAAUUUUUGAAGAACUUGGAGGUGACCCAUCAAAGAUAUCCCUUGUUAAGAGAUCAACAACACAUGUUUGUGCUGAUGCAUCAGAGCACCAUCCAGCCAUUGAGAAUUACAUUACUGAGAGUGAUGGUGAAUCAACAAGAAUGCUUCACCAAGCCAAGGUUCACCUGCAAUGUGCACCAGGGCAGUCUAUAUCAGCUAUAAAAUUUGCGAGCUUUGGUACUCCUUCUGGAACUUGUGGAAAUUAUCAGAAGGGAACUUGCCAUGCACCAAACUCACAUUCAGUUGUAGAAAAGAAAUGCAUGGGAAAGGAGAGUUGUAUGGUCACAAUAUCCAACAAUAACUUCGGUGCUGACCCAUGUCCCAGUGUGUUGAAGAAGUUGUCAGUUGAAGCAGUUUGUUCAACAGUAAGUGAAACGACUCAAACCAAUACAGGGAAGUAA